AGGAAGAGAGGGUUAGGGCGGAAGUGGAAUUCAAUUUCAAUCCCACCGCUGGCGCUGCGACAGCACAAGUCUACCAGCGGGAGAAGAAGUAUAUACAUACCGAGAUAGGGUUAGGGUUUAGUUUUGGAAGGUAAGAUAUGGUGAAGCUCACCGCCGACCUGAUUUGGAAAAGCCCUCACUUCUUCAAUGCCCUCAAGGAGCGAGAAUUGGAUCUUCGAGGUAACAAGAUUGCUGUAAUCGAGAACCUGGGUGCUACAGAGGAUCAAUUUGACACCAUUGAUUUGUCUGACAAUGAGAUUGUCAAGCUGGAAAACUUUCCAUAUCUUAAUCGGUUGGGUACUUUGCUUAUAAACAACAAUCGGAUUACUCGAAUCAAUCCAAACAUUGGAGAGUUCUUGCCAAAAUUACAUUCCUUAGUUCUGACCAACAAUCGUCUUGUCAACUUGGUGGAAAUUGAUCCUCUUGUGUCUCUCCCAAAGUUGCAAUUCCUUAGCCUGUUGGAUAAUAACAUCACAAAAAAACCUAAUUAUAGGUUGUAUGUGAUUCACAAGCUAAAAUCUCUUCGUGUUUUGGAUUUCAAGAAAGUGAAAGCCAAGGAGAGAUUAGAAGCAGAAAAUCUUUUUUCAUCUAAAGAAGUUGAAGAGGAGGCUAAGAAAGAAUCUGUUAAGACAUUCACUCCAGGAGAGGUACCAAAUGUUUUAGAAGUUGCAGAGGAACAACAGACCCCAAAAGUGGUUGCUCCCACUCCUGAGCAAAUUAUAGCUAUUAAGGCUGCCAUUGUGAAUUCCCAGACUCUGGAAGAGGUUGCAAGGCUUGAAAAGGCAUUGAAGACUGGUCAGCUUCCUGCAGACUUGAAAAUCCCAGGUGACGAUGGUGGUGCCCAAAGUGUGCAGGAAAAAGAUGAUAAAAUGACCUCUGAUAGUCAAAAGGAGCCUAAUUUUGAAACAGAAAAGAUAGAAGAACUGAGGAAGGAUGAACCUGAUCUUAUGGAAGAGGAAUAGGAUGGCUGGACAAAGCUUCUUGUGUUAAUCUCUCAGUGGGUGGAUGGUUUCGCGCUGGAGGAAUUUGGUUUAAAUAUGAAAUGUUAAGCUAUUAGGAAUUCUGUGUCCCCAAACCGUAAUGUAUUUUGUUGAUGAGAACACUUCCCUUGCCCUUUUUUCUUCUGGUAACUGAGAAUAGAGAAAAGAGUUGUUGUAAUCCCUCUCAAAGUGUAGGCAUAUUUUUGGAUGUAAACAGAUGUUCCAUUACAUCUCAUCUUUUAGCUAAUUGAACCAUAAUAAUGUUUCAUUUGAGGG